AUGGACAUCCCAGCCGAAGUAUGGUUUAAGGUGCUGCUUUUGGUUGCAAAGCACUCCACUAAAGAUCUGUACAGCAUAGCGGAGACAUGCAAGUUAUUUAAAGAAAUGCUGAAUGAUCCUAAGGUUUGGCAAACCGUGUCUGUAGAGAAGUACCAGUGGCAUCUUGAAUGGUACGGAGAAGCUGUAACUCAAUUCUUCAUAUUCAAAGAUGAUGAGGUUGUCAACAACUUCCGAGUGGCAGCUAAGGCAGGGCAUAUGGAAUCCUCCUACAUUGUUGGCUUGCUAGGGCUGGUGAACCCUACGGAGGGCGAAGAGGAUGCGAUGGAAUGGUUGUACCAUCUAACCAAAACGAAGAAAAUUGACAUGCAAGCAUGCAGGGAAUCAUUUUUAAUCGACUGA